AUGGAGAUAAGCUUGUUGGAGAAGAAGUUAGUUGCAGAGAUCAAGAAAACAGCCCACAGUUGGCGAGAAGCCACCACAAAAAUUCUAGCGCAUGAACUUGUGCACCUGCAGCAACAAAUUGUAAAUUUGCAAGGUUGUCGUGCUCAGGUUAGGGGUAUAGAAACUCAUACACAGGCACUAUAUGCUAGCACCUCUAUGUCUACUGGAAUGAAAGGUGCAACUAAAGCGAUGACUGCCAUGAACAAGCAAAUGGCACCUGCAAAACAAGUCAAAGUGAUCAGAGAAUUCCGGAAGCUGUCGUCACAGUUGGACAUGACAAUGGAGAUGAUAUCAGAGACCAUUGAUGAGACUUUGGAUAAAGAUGAAGCUGAAGAAGAAACUGAGGAGCUUACAAACGAGGUGUUGGACGAGAUUGGUGUGGGCAUUGCAUCACAGUUGUCUGCAGCUUCAAAAGGUCGGGUUGCAUCGAACAAAGUCGAAAACGUUGUGCCACCUAGGUAUGUGGGAACUGCUGCCGAUGUUGAGGAACUUGAGAAGAGGUUGGCGUCUCUUCGAAGAAUUUGA